AUGGCUUUCUCCUCCCGAUUGGUUAUUAUUGCCGGCGGCAUAGGCGGAAUCGGAAGCUCUGUGGGCAAGCUUUUGCGCGAACAAGGUGCAAAGCUAGCCCUUCUCUAUGCUCCAUUCGAGGCAGACAAGGUUGCUCAGACUCUAGAAGAGGUAUAUGGCUCAAAGGACCACCCGGAUAUCAAGACCUAUGUCUGUGACAUUACGAGCCCCCAGUCUGUCCAAGAAGCGUUUGACGCCAUCGCUGCAGAUAACGCCGCCUUCCCUAGCUUCCUGGUCAACAGUGCUGGAUACGUCAACCUGAGUCCUCUCGAGGAGACCACCCCAGAGGAUAUUUUGCGUCAUUACAUGAUCAACUUGUAUGGCCCUACUCUGACCGGUCAGGCAUUUGCUCGGCUCUACAUCAAGGCAAAGGCCGAGAAACCAGACGGCCCUGGCGGGAGAAUCGUCAACAUCAGCAGCCAGGCUGCCCAUGUAGCGCUGGACCACCACGGUGCCUACUGCGCUUCAAAGGCCGGGCUCCAGGGCUUGACAAAAUGCCAGGCAAAUGAAUGGGCGAAGCACGGCAUCACCUCCAACACAGUCAGUCCAGGCCCAGUUUGGACCGCUCUAGGCAAGAAGGCAUGGGCGGAUGACAAGGUUCGAGAGGAAUACCAAAGGAAUGUUCCGACGGGGCAGUUCGCGGAGCCCGAAGAGGUUGCGCAUAUCAUAUCAUUCUUAUGCCAGGAUGCGUCGAAGAAUAUCAACGGGGCAGACAUGAGACUGGAUGGAGGUUAUACGGCACGAUAG